UCUCCGUUUUAUUUGUUUAUAUGAUGUUAUCGGGAAAUUUUGUGGUUUCCUAUGAAUAAUUCGCAGUGUUCGUGGUUACGAAUCUGGGAAAACUUAUACACACACUUCAUAUCGAUUUAAUGACCUUUAAAUAUCUUGACCUGGGUUAAGUUAUCCAUGUUUGGUUUAAAGCAAAAUAAAACGCAGAACUAUUUUUCACAUUACAGAGAUUCGCUCAGUUUUAAUAGUUAAUAAACGAAAUGAAGUCUAUGUAUUAUCGAACUUUAUAUACGAUUUUACUUCUAGUUAUUAAUGAUCAUACUAUUGAAACCGCACUUCAAACCGAUGUGAGUACGAAAACGAUACAAUGUGAAUUUUAUAACAAGACUGUUUGUCCUGGACCUUCAUGUCCACAAACUGAAACAUGUGUUGAACCCGAAGAGGGCAAGCGAAAUCAUUGUUUUGUUGCAUGGACUGUUCUUGACAAUGGGACUUUGGAUUUACAUAUUAAGGGAUGUUUCAUGAAUUCAGAAGAGUGUUAUGACAAAUCUGAAUGUGUUGAAAGAACCUACAAAAGUUCAAUGCCAUACUUUUGUUGUUGUGAGGGCAAUAAUUGUAAUGCCAAUUUUACAUAUAAUCCAACACCAACUGAACGUCCAACGCCUAGUCCUGUAAUACCGCCACCUGCGGAAUCAACAUGGGUGCCAGUUAUAAUUGCUGUGUCAGUAAUAUUUUUUGUUGUAAUUAUAACUGUUACUGGUGUCAUAAUAUAUUUGAAAAGAAAUAAACAUUAUUUCCAUGGGUUGCCAACAUCAGAGCCAAAUGCAAUGCCUCCACCGUCUCCAUUUCUUGAUAACAGACCAAUCCAGCUUCUCGAAAUUAAAGCGAGAGGCCGAUUUGGAGCUGUGUGGAGAGCGCAAUUCAAAACCGAAGAAGUCGCGGUGAAAAUUUUCCCAAUACAGGAUAAACAAUCGUGGGUGACUGAACAAGAAAUAUUCAAACUGCCGUACAUGAACCACCCGAACAUAUUGCAUUAUAUUGGUGUGGAGAAACGAGGCGAAAAUCUCCAAACCGAAUUCUGGCUUAUCACGGCGUAUCACGACAGGGGAUCGUUGUGUGAUUUUCUUAAAGCACACACCCUCACAUGGACCGAAUUGUGUCGCAUAGCCGAGACAAUGUCGAGAGGUUUGAUGCAUUUGCAUGAAUCAAUACCGGCGGAACCCGCAAAACCGGCGGUGGCACACAGGGAUUUCAAGAGUAAAAACGUGUUGCUCAAAAGCGACAUGACCGCAUGCAUCGCCGAUUUCGGUUUGGCCAUCGUCUUCGAGGCUGGCAAAUCAUGCGGCGACACGCACGGCCAAGUGGGCACCAGGAGAUACAUGGCGCCGGAGGUGCUGGAGGGAGCCAUAAACUUCACGCCGGACGCUUUCCUGCGCAUUGACAUGUACGCGUGCGGCUUGGUGCUUUGGGAGCUGGUGUCGCGUUGCGUGGCCCAGGAGGGCACUGUGCCUGAGUACCGCCUACCGUUCGAGGAGGAGGUCGGCCAGCAUCCCACCCUCGAAGACAUGCAGGAGUCCGUGGUGCAGCAGAGGGUCCGUCCCAACAUCCCGGACCACUGGAGGAGGCACCCCGGACUUGCUGCUUUGUGCGACACGAUGGAAGAAUGUUGGGAUCACGACGCGGAGGCCAGACUUUCGGCUUCGUGCGUCAUGGAACGGGUGAUGAUGCAAACUAAAUAUCAACCCCAAACCAUGUCGUGGCGUAUCGAGAAUGAAAACCAAUCGUCGCCACUCAAGGAGAACAGCAUGUAGGACUUAAUGACAGCUGGAUAUGAGGAAUCCGUACCUGCAUUGCUAUAACAGUACCUGCGCAAAGCAGAUCGUGUCUUAGUUACCACACUUGCCUAUGUUCAAACUACAUAUACAGAAAAAAUAACAUAUUUUCGGUAUUAUUUAACGGGCCACGAUAGUUGACCGAGCAAAUCCAUUUAUACAAUAUUUUAUAUCGGAUUUCAGCAGUAUUAUUUAUUGAAAAUACGAAUAGCAUUGAUCUCAACGCUAGUUAUAUUUUUUGCCGAGAUUUUGGCUACGUAGUUUUAAUAUUCAGUGUACAAAUGAAGUAAGGAGUUUUACAGGCACGACGAAUAUUUAUGCAAUGUGUCGGUAACGUUUAUGCCACAUUGAAACAAACAUCUGGCACAGGUUAUUAUACCUAGAUUAGUUACAAUUUUUCCGAAUGUUACAGUACUAUUUAACUGACAUAAAGCAUAUCAAGAUACAGUUUAAACAAUUUUCAAUUGCAAUAAUGUUUCAAACUCAAUUAAUCAUUAGUUUCUCACAUAUUGUAAGAGUUAAUUGUUAAAUUGAUUUCAUUUAAAGAUAAUUUUAUGGAAGAAUUAAAUCUUAAUAAGUUUUUUUGGCUACAUAUUCAUAACUUUUUGUACUUUCUUAAUAAGUUGAUUACAUAUCAUUAUACUUUACUAUUUUAAAAUCGUGCCAAACACUACAACUCAAUUAAAUUUCUAUUGGCAUAAUUUACAUAUCGAAAUGAGGAAGUAUAAAUAAAUUUGGUGAUUUAAUACCGCAUAUCGUGAUAAGAGAAGGUCUAAAAUUGAAAUUGAAAUGUGCAAUUGGUUUAUUUAAUGUGCCAAAGUUAAAGGAAAAAUAGUCUGAUAAUAAUUAACAAUCAUUUUUUUACAUGCAGAUGAAUUUAUUAAAUAAACAAUUACAAAUAAUACUGCUAAAAUCUGGUAUAAUUUCCGUACCGAUGUGCCAAUAGACAGUGAAACUGAUUUUUAUAUGAAAUGUAAAUAAUAAACCACCAUUUAAUAGUGUGGAGUUCGGGACACUAACAAUUUAUUUAUGUUGUAUGGUUGUAAGUAUUCUUUUUUAUUUAUAUAUUAACUAUAUAUUCAUAAGGAUUGGUUAGACUGUAUCUGUAUAGUUUUAUUUAUCAACAGUUGUCCAUUUACUGGUAUUUAAAAUCAUGAAAUUAUCACAGAAAAUAGGAAAUUCGACGACACUAUUUUGCAACGAAUUUAUUAAGCGUUUGUAAUAUUAGAAUAAAAUUGGACUGAACGUUGAAAUUGGGACUAUAUUCUUGAGAAAAACUCUAGUUCUGAAUUAACUGGAUAUUAUAAAAUCUGUUUUGAUUUAUUUGCAAUGAUAUUUUUUAAGUGUCUUCUUAAAUUGACUGUACAACAGAACUUCUAAACUCGAUUUAAGGAAAUACUUUUUACACCUCCAAACAAUACCCAUGGAAUUAUCUGGUAUUAAACUGUAAAAUUUUACUUAGAAUCUGUGUCUUCAAUUUGCCCUCAAUUGUAUCUUCCGUUUCCUGUAAGGUUUAAUGCCUGCAUCCGUUAUGGAAACGUAACUGUGUUCUUCGUAUGCAUAGAAAUUGUAAAAAAUAAAAUAGAAAUAUAGGACAAAUAAGUAACAUUAGAAUUACGCAGUGUUAAUAGAAUUUUCCGAUAUUAAUAAAGAAUCUAAUUAUGCCACUUUUAUGACAAUUACUUAAGUUGUAGCUAUUGUGAAUGGCUCUCUAAACAAUACAUAAUUGCCUAAGGUGACAUCUCAUAGUACAAUAAAUCAUUGCAAAUGUGACGUAAAUGUGAAGUUCCACCGGGUUGUUUCAAAUGAUAUCGAAGUAGUCGAUAUUGUUAAACUUGGUGUCAUAUUUUACCAUAAAUAUAUCUACUAACACUAAUUCUAUUCCUUGUAGGAUUGUGCCAUGAAUAUUUUCUAAACCUUAACAUAUAGAUGUAGUAAUAAAAGAUUAUACAUAUAUUUCAUUUAUAGAUAAUAUAGUUUUGGGCAAAAAUAUAAAUUAUAUACAAAGUUCAAAGCAAAAUUCUUCAAAAUUUAAAUCAUAUGUAUAUUGGGAAAUAUAUUUUGGUCUUUGUAGAAUGUAUUGAAACAUAUUUUUGCUUUAAGAUUGACUAAUUUUGCUCAAUGCUAUGUAGUUAUAUAUUCGAGAUUUAAAAUUUGUGCAAUUAACUGUUAAGUUUAUAUAAAAGUAAAUUAUAUUUUUCAUAAAUAUAUCCAUUUUAGAAUAUAUGAAAGAUAACAGUGUACAGUUUUUCUAUUUGUUAUAUAUGCACCAGUAGAUCUGGUAAAUAUUUUUUAACUUGUUAAAUUUAUUUUUUUUAGAAAAUGUUAAAAUUUUAAAAAAUACAAUUGGAGUGACAUUUAAAAAAAUUCUAGGCAUUUUGUAGUAUUGAAAAUUACGAAGACUGAUAAUUGGACAUAUUUAAAAAGAUAUUUUCAUAAAUUAAAUUUCAUCACAUUGGCGUAAAUAUUGUAAAAAAUUACUAUUGGAUAAAUUUUAAUUAGAUCAUGCAUUUCUUUAAACAAAAAAGCAGAACGAUUUUUGAAACUGGAUUCUCAGGUUAAUGCGUAAAAUCUUGCCAACUUCUUACUUUUAGAUUUAGUUUGUUUUAUCCUAUUACCACUACCUCCAAUAAUGUUUUAAUAUUGUAAUUAGUGCUUUUGUGUGGACGUAACAUUUAACACCAUUAUUUUGUUUGUACUGAAGUAUGGUGAUAAACAACACAUGGAUAUUCUUAUAGCAUGGUAUUUUUUCAUAGAACUUGACCGGAAGUAUUUUAGUAGUGAAUAUGACAAUAUAAAAAACUGGCAAAACAUUAAUAAAAGACGAUUGACAAUUAAUAUACCAUGUCUAUGAUAUAUUCUGUGUGUUGGAAUGUUUGUAUAUAUGAUUAGUUUGUUUAAUAUAGUUAUGAUACAUAUCACUAACAUUUGUUUUACCAUUAUUCAUUUUAUUUAUGUAAAAAAGCAGUUCAAAUAGUAUUAUGUUAAUCAAAAUUAUUAAUUGUUUUCCUUGAACGGAUGGCGAUUGAUCAUUUCGAUUUGCGUAACAUAUAUAUACAAAGUACAACAUGGUUAAACCAUUGCAUUCCUCUAUUAACAAAAACAUAAUUGUCAUUUUUAAUCUUUUUACAGCGUUCAUUUUACUGUAUACCUUGUAUAAAUGUAGUUUUAGUUGUGUAUUCAGUUCUGAUUUUUAUGUAGAAAAUAUAUUCGUAUUAAGUACA